UUCUUUCUCUCCUCUUUUUAUUACACAAUGUCGUCCAAGGCAACCAAGGCCACCGCUGAUGCCGCCGCCCCCGGCCCCGAGGCCGUCGCCGCCGCUGGCGCCACCCAACAGAUCGUCCUCGCCCGCGUCACCAAGGUGCUCGGUCGCACUGGCUCCCAGGGUCAGGCCACCCAGGUCCGCGUUGAGUUCCUCAACGACCCCAGCCGCUCAAUCAUCCGCAACGUCAAGGGCCCCGUUCGCGAGAACGACAUCCUGACCCUUAUGGAGUCUGAGCGCGAGGCUCGCCGCCUUCGUUAAGCAGCACCGUUUUUGCGUGUUGUUGUUGUUGGUCCCCCGUCCCUCUCCACAUGUCAUGAGGCGGGCAAACGGUAGAUUAGAUGCUCCUCUAUCUUGUCCGCUCCGAUGCUUUGCUUGGUUUUGACUCUUUUUGUAAACAAUCACAAAGUAUUGAUGUGCUUUUU